AUGUGUGGAAGAAAGGUGAGAUUUUUUCAAAACUAAUAAGAACUUUAUAAAUCUAAAGAAAAUUGGAUAGGUUAUAUAAUCAAAGGAGAUGAGGGAAGUAUAAGUAUAUACAAGAUAUUUUAUUUUAUAAUUUUCAGAAACACAAUUGGAAUUUUAUUAAAGGGUAUAUCUACAUUAUUCAUUUAUAAACUAGGAAAAUUGUAAAAGCUCUUCUGCAAGUCAUGUCGCCAAUAGAAUCCAUCUAAUCCUUAGAUCGUAGAUUGUAAAUAGCUUAAAUUAAACUUUGAAAACUAAUAAAGAGAAAAGAUUUAAUAAUUAUAACCAAUAAUCUAGCCUCACAUUAAACGCCUUGAAAACUAUAAGAAAAUUAUACUCAUAUGUAUAGAUGAACAAUAUAUCUAAUGUGGAUCAAAUACUCUGAACUUAUUAGUUGAGAGAGAUAUCAGUUGAGUUAAUUUGAAUGGAACUUAUUUAUUCAAUUACAAAUUGAAGAACAUCAAAAUCCAUGAAUUGAAUAGGUUGGAUAGUUAUAAUAAUACUGUUAGAUCAGCUGCUUUCCUCCUAAUGGUGCUGCAUUCGCAUCUGGUAGUAAUGAUAAUUCAAUUCGUUUAUGGGAUGUUAAGACAGGAAAGAAAAUUUAAUCUAUAGAUGAGAUAUAUAAACAUUUGUUAGCAUAAUUGCAAACUCCACUCUCACAACAGAAUAUUCUUUAAGGUUUUUGCUUUAUUUCAUAUAUAAUUUAGCUAACAUAAAAAUUACAAUCCUCCGUAUAUCUCAAGCACCAUAAUUUUACACAUAAGGUGUGUUAAUCUUAAAAGGAGAGUUUAAAAAUUAUUAAGGCAUUGAUUUAAGAUCAUUUUUUUAAAUAUUUAGGAAGUAAUAUUUGA